CAAACUGAAAGAACAAACAGAAUGAUUUUUUGGAUUACCAUCUCAAUAGCAAUUACUUCUAUUUCGGCCUAUGGACCUUGUCCAAACCCUCCACGAUGUGCCCCGGGCUGUUUUAAACUUGAUGAAAGAGGAUGUCUCCUAUGUGCUUGUGGUGUCUUAAACUUUCACCCUGGAGGAUACCAUGGAAUGCCACAACUUCAUAUGGGUGGUGGCGGAUUUGUUCCUGGACAAAUGUCAGGAGGUGGAAUGUUUGGAGGACAUAAGGCACAGACACAGGCACAGUCCAAACCAUUAAGUCAAUGCCCAGGGACAAAAUUAUGCAUGCAGACAUGCAAAGGAAAAUAUUCCCUUGGUAAUGUCGACAGAAAUGGAUGUAAAACAUGCACCUGUCAUACAACGCACGUUUCCACGCACCACUCAAGUAACACUGUAUAUGUGGCAAAACAACAACCACAACAACAACCAAAACCACAGCCCCAUAAGACAUAUUCGUACGUUGUACAACAAGUACAACAUAAAGAAGCCUCAUGUACUGGUACAAAACUUUGUAUGAUGACUUGCAAAUCGAGAUAUGUCCUCGGGGCUAAAGGUCGUGAUGGAUGCAACACCUGCACGUGCAUCCCAGAACCAACACCAGCACCAACAAAAGCUCCCGCCAAAAUGAGCUGUAUGUCGACUGUAAUGUGUAUGCUAACAUGUAAGAAUGGUUAUCAACUUGGAGCCACUAAGACUGAUGGUUGUCAGGAAUGUGCCUGUGUUGUUCCACAAGUAGUUAAGAUGGAAGUGACUUGUGCUAGCAAACUGACGUGUUCCUCAGGAUGUAAUGUCGGAUACAAGUGUGGAACUGAUGGAUGUCCAACCUGUGGCUGUAUCAAACCUCAAGUUGUUGGACUAAAGGUUGUAGAAGUAGUUCAGAAACAAGUCACGUGUACGUCUUCAUUUUCCUGUCCCAGUAAAUGUUCACUUGGUUACAAAUGUGGUACAGAUGGAUGUCCCACUUGCGAAUGUUUGGUAGCAGUACACACAGAACAAAAACCAGUGAUUGUAACAGAGCCUUUAAAACAACCAUCAAAAACUGAGACAGUCACCUUAUUGAAACAGUGCCCUGCAACAUUCAAUUGUAUGACGUCAUGUAAGGAAGGCUACACAUUGGGUAGUGCUGGUCGUGAUGGGUGUCCUGCUUGUACCUGUGCUACAGUACAAAAACAAACAUGCAAUGACUGCCACCACACAUCACGUAGUUGUGAUGCUACUAUAUCCUGUAUGGCAACCUGUGAACAUGGAUAUAUCCUCGGUGAUAAAGAUAACACUGGAUGCCCGUCAUGUCAAUGUCAGGCAUGUAGCACAUGUGAAGAAACAAAACCACAAGUUGUUCUUGUUCAACAGCAAAAAGAGACAUGUAAUAAUUGUGAAAAGGUUCAAGUUGUACAGCAGGUUAAGGAAGAAUGUCAUGAAUGCGAAACUACAGGUGGUACAGGUCUAAUGACAGGAGGUACAUCCGGAGGCGGAAGUGGUGGAGGAAUGACGGGAGGAAGUGGAAGUGGCAUGAUGGGAGGUGGAGGAGGAGGUGCCAUGGGAGGAGGAAUGUCAUCAGGAGGUGGGGGUAGUGCUGGUAUGACUGGAGGUAGCGAAUGUCAUCCACUGCCACCAGAUUGUCAUCCAUCGUGUAUAAAGUACGAUGUGGCACAUUGUAGGAUCUGUGAAUGUACAAGUAAUCCAGGGCAUGGAAUAUCAUACCGAAGAUAAGACAGUGUACAUGUAUCAGACAAAACAGCAAUACCAUGAAAAAUAAUGACUUAUAAAUCUUGCAAUCACCAUUUAAAUUAUGCAUUAUUAAUAAAGUGUUGUUCUCAUA